AUGAGCAGAAAAAGUUCAUGCUCAUCUCAAAAGAAUCACAAACAAGAGGCUGCUGUGGCGCAUGACAUUGAGGAAACAUAUGAAACCACACAGACGACGUCUUCUGUCACCACUCACGUUACGGCUUCUCACUCCGCGGGAUAUUCGAGCUCGAUGUCGGUUGGAGGAAACGUCGGCAAGGGAGCUCCGCCAGCGUUACACAUCGAGACUCCUAGUGCCCAUGAGUUACAGUACGCUCCACCACCACCACAACCACAUGUAAAGGCAAACAAAUCAGAAAGCGUGGAAGAUUCAAAACCUCCAUUACCGAUGGCAGCAAAGCCAGUGAAAGCAAAGGAUCCUCAGAUGGCUUUCGAUUUCAACGGCAAUGCUUGUAAUGAAGUGAUUGCUCGCCAACUGAAUUUGGAACAACGUGACGAGCAUGGUAUCAACGGGGAUCUCAAGACACAUUUUCUGGACAUUUUUGCUGAACCCGAUCCACAAUACCAUAGUGUGGCAUGUGUAUGGACAACUAGUUACAGGGUCUUUGAAAUUACUCGUAUCUACUGCUACAAGAUUUUCACGCUCAUCUUUGGGCUGCCAGUGGCCUUAAUCGCAGGCUUUAUCUUUGCAUUAUUCACUUUUCUAAGGAUAUGGAUUACGACGCCUCUUCUUACACUGUUACGUAUGGUACUGGGUCAAAUGCUGUCAAUCUGGCCGCUAUGUCUUCUGUACAUCGUACGACCGUUCUUCUACUCUGUCGGUGCCAUAUUCAGCACGUUUCGCCUACACCGAAGCGAUGGUCCAAUUAUCAAGGAAAUCUGGGAAAAACAGACGGUCUAA